AUGGUGCAACUUGGCACACCAGCGAGCGAUUUACGAAAACAGAUCACUUCAACUUUUCCUGGGGGUAUGACUGCUGCUCAGCUGGAAGAAGCAGUACAUAUAACUCCGCAAAUUACUAGAUUUAAUCACUCAAGAAGACGUCUCCAGGCGCCAAGAACUCCCGAUUCUCACGUUUCGAAGGAUGCAUUCAAUGUUGGUGGUAAUAAAACAGCAACGGCUUCAAAGUCAACUCCGAUUGUGCAAUCACCGGAAUUCUCAGCUGGUGAAGAUUUGAGCGAUGAAAAUAGGGAAACAUCCGUGACUGUGCCGGCUGAUGAUGUUCAAAAGAGUAUCUUGAAACCCACUGACACUUUCGAUCCCCCUUCUCAUGAAGACAUUCCGCGCGCUAAGCAACGAGGUGGGACACUUCCAAGAAGAUUUCUAAGAACAAUCGCAAAAAGAAAGGAGAUGCGCAGGGAGAAACGCAAAGAGUCUAAACUCGCCGCUUCAUUUCCGGUGGAAGAAACAUUCAAUACAACGCCCCGUGAAGAAAAAGGUGAUGAGUAUGCGCGUCCGACUGCUUCUCAUGAAGCCAUUGGCGGGGCUGAAGUAGAUAUACUGGUCACAGGGCCUGAACCUCCCAGCAAUAAGAUGUUCGAUGACAGUCAAGAGUCAACAAGUCUUGAAGAAAUUAUCCGAACAGCUCCUCGCCUAUCCAAUUCACAAGCAUCGAAAGAUCCUGGGACCCAGGAUAUCAGUCUCUCAUUUGGACCUUCGCGGUUGGUUCGGAGAACUGGUAUGGACUCAGGCGAUGAUAACAGUGAUGAUGAUGAUGAUGAUGAUGAUGAAGAGCUUAGCAAUCUUGAGAUUGCGAUCCUUGACCUGGCUGACGGUGCUGGUUCAUCUAGGCCUAAACUUGGUCCAGACAACUCAAAUAAUGCCAUCGCUGAUCACAAGUCUCAAAAGGGUCACCAAAGCAGCCAGAAAGAAUGUAAGGAGAAGAAGGAGAAGAAGAGGCCUCGAAGGCUUCCGGUGAAUGAACUGUACCUGGUAUCAGAAAGGGUGCAAGAAACGAGCCAGGAGAAAGACGAUGAAAAUGAACAAUCUUCAGCUGACCUUCCAGAUGACCCUAUCUCGCAAGAUACCUUGGGUGCUCUACAAGUCAUAGACGCCGUUGGGCGGACAAAGCACGAAAGAAAAACACUUCAAACAUGGAACUAUGGGGCUUUUGGGAGAAUUGAUACAAGAGCAUAUCGGUUCCCAACGCCUCACAACGCAUCUCCUCAGGCGGAAGCAAAAGUUCCCCUGGAGGUAAGCCCGUCCCACUCGGAUGGCUUUGUGGGAUCUGAAGCAAAUUCCACUGGUCGAUUUAUGCCGAUGCCAAAGCAAAAGCGUAUCAGCGUCACCAUAUGGGGACUGACGACUCGCGUAGGACAGUUAGACUUGGUGUGUGAAAGAGGCCAUAAAUUGAUCGAUGAGCCAACUGGCCAAGCGGAGAACAAGAGAUCUCCAAACAAAAAAAUCGCUAUCAUUGCUCCUGUAUUAUUCGAGCUCGAGUCUCAAGCGGGCGAGACAGUCCAAAUUCGACAAACCGGUCAAGAGAACCAGAAGAUCCAUGAGGACCAUCAGGAUGAUCGAUAUAUGCCUGGAUAUCUCCCUGACAAUCAAAACACCCCAAAUGUAGAAUAUAGUUCUUCGCUAUCACAGUCUCUGAAAGUAUCCCGAAAAGUCACCUUCGAAGAGAGAGUGCAGGUUGCCCAGCGUGCAAGAACACCUUUAUUAGAUCCUCAAAAGUUUGGAGAAUUUCUCAACGCUAAGGAAAGACAUAAUUCUCUUGACUCUCGAAUUUGUCAGGAAAUCGCCAUGGUCCGCUUGAAGAGGUGUCACAGUGAAAGUAGCGAGGACGAUGGGUCAUCCGUAGAUGAAUCGGACCGAAGCGUUGUUAGCAUCUCGAGCGAUAGCGACGGGACAGAAGAGAGUGAGGAGAUCAGUGAAGACAACAAUGAAGAGAUGGAUGAAGGGCAGGAGAUUGCAGGAGAUUUCGAUGUCGAAACGGUCUCGGAGGGGCUCUUAGAUAGUGACACGACCAGUAUCUCCGAUGAAGAAGAAUCAAGCGAGGUCAGCGAGAAGAGUGAUGAAGAGAUAGAUGGAGAGGAUGAGGAAGACAGGGGAGAAUAUUUCAAUGUACAGGCGGUACUAAAGGAACAAGUCGAUAGCCAAAUUGGCGCGACUAGAAUAUCCUGUGAAGAUGACUUGAGCGAGGUCGGCGAACGGAGUAAAGAGGACGACAGCAGAAACGACAUGCAUAACUCCGAUGAAGGAGCUUUACAGAAUGAGCAAGUCGUUGUUGAAGGUGACGCGGUCAGAAUUUCCACCAUAGAAGAGUUAAGCCAGUGCAAAGAGAACUCUGCAGAACCAUUCGAGGAUUUAAUACCCGAUGAAUCUCAAAUCACAGAAGCUGAUACGAAUGGAGAGAAUGGCGACAGCCAACCGUCGCAGCUAUCCAUCAUCAUGAGUUGGAAAAACACCCAAACCAUACAGGAAGCUGAUAUAUGGAGACCCCGAAAACCUAGGUCUAGUAGUGUGAUGAACGAGACAGAAGAAGAUAUCGUCGAUAGUCCAAGUCCAGUCUUCGCAAUCGCCAAGCGAAGGAAAUCAAGUGGCCUUCAGGCACGUAGACGGGGAGUAUUCGGCAGCCGCCCUCUCGCCCUAACGAUAAGCAGGCCCUCUACUUCACCUAGCCCUGAGAUCGAAGAAAGUCAGAUUGUGGUACCCGAGAUUCCGGAAACACAAUUCAUCGCGACUCGCGAUGUCUCUCCUGAGCUUGGCGAAUCGCAAGCAUCCAAUAUGUCUAAUGAGCUCGAGGAUCCCAUAUCUAACGCACUGCUCCCUGGUGAUCACGAAGGGCUUUCGCCUCGUUUCUCGCAACUUUCGUUUGUCCCAGAUGAGAUUCCCGAGCAAACCUACUUUUGCCGAGCUUCUCAGCUACUGGAAGAAUACCAGACGCCAAAAUCUAGAAGUAAAUCAACUCCAGGUCGUUUCCACCCUGUGUACUCUCGUAUUGCGCUUCCCACUUCUGCCCAGCCAACCAUCGGAACUACUGCGAGUGAGGCCUUUGAAGCAAGGACAUCACCCAAAUUCUCACAACAGUCAUACCAACCCACGCCUAGGUCGGAAAAAAGUCUGAGUCGUCUUACACGACAGGCGAGCUUUGCCUUUGGGACUUUACCAGUCUCUGCUAGGAAGAGAACGAAAACUUUGCCAUUUGUUCCACCAUUCAAAAGACCAAAUUUGAGUGUUUAG